GCACCACUUCACCAAGCACCAAAAGCACCAAACACGAAGCACCAUGGCCAGCCAAGACGACGUGCAGCCCGUGUUCCUGAUUGGAUGCCAGCGGAGCGGUUCCAACCUCCUUCAGCUUCUGCUGUCUUUGCACGAUAAGGUCGCAGCACCCCAUCCUCCCAAGUACCUCGACGAGGUUCUCCCGCGCGUUGUUGACGAGUCUCGCCUCCAAGAUGACGCCACCUUUGAGGCAUUUGUCUCACUCUCCCGCAACAUCGUGCGCGCCAAUCCUGUGCCCUGGGAGAGCAUGGAUGGGGUGAGCACGCAGGAGGUUCUCGAGGCAUGCGCUGAACGCAGCGUGAUGGGUGUCUUCGAUGCCCUCAUGAACACCAACGCCAUUCAAGGCGGCUGCACCAAGUGGAUCUGCAAGGCCAUGAACUACUCCAAGCACGCCGACAAGCUUGUCGACUACUACGGAAGCCGUGUCAAGUUCAUCUACCUCUACCGCGACCCUCGUGAGGUGGCCCUGUCCUUCACCAAGGCUAUCGAUGGUGAGAAGCACGUGUACGCCAUCGCCAAGAAAUGGGCCAAGCUGCAGGACCACGUGCAACACGUGCUGCAGACCUACCCCAAACAAGUCAUCAAGGUUUCGUACGAGGAGCUGACAGCAGACCCAGACUCAACGCUGCAGCGCCUCUGCACCUUCCUCGGCUUCAAGUUCAACCCAACCUACCGCCAGGACUUUGCGCAGAGCGAGGAGGGGCGCAAGCGGGCCGCAGCGUCCGAGAUGUGGCGCAACCUGGCACAGGGUGAAAUCUUGGCAACGAACACCGAGAAGUACAAGAAGCAGCUCACGGAGGACCAGAUCAAGAUUGUGGAGCGAGUGACCAAGGAGCACCUGCUCGGCCUCGGCUAUUCCUUGAUGUUUCCAGCCAGCGUGGAUACGCCCUUCUCCACCGAGGAAGUCGGCGCGUACGAGGAGGAGAAUGCCGCACUGAAGGAGUCGGUCCUGGCCAAGAGCGACCCAGAAGACGUGCGUCGUCGCCAAGCUCUCAAGAGCCUCUACGAGAGCAUCCCGGCCACCCUUGGCAUGCAGUGAUCUCCUGUUUUGGGGUUGUCUGUCUUUCUACAUGUAUGUGUGUGUGUGUGUGUGUAUGCGCGCGUGCACCUUGAGUGGGCCAUGCAAGCAUGCACGGAUCACGAAUCCCUGCGACUUGCAUUAAUGUCGAAAAACUGUCGAGUAAAUUCUAGAUUUGUUGCAUUCCACAUGAAGUCAGUCAGGUCUUAUUACAAAUUGUGUAUUCGAUCA